AUGCGCUCUGGACUCACACUCCUGGCAGCCGGGCUCUGCGCGGCCAUUCCUGUUCAAGACAGCCCUAGGCAGCGACUGCUUGAUGGUCUUGGUAUUCCUUCAAGCUACCGCAGCGUCUCCGGCGGAAACCCUAUUCCAUUCACUCCAGGGCAUAGAGAUCCCGACGACAACGCUGUCGAUUCUGUUGGUGAGAAGUUGGACCCCCUGCCAUGGCGCAACGGUCUCGGUGCCUCUGUCCUAGGGCCGUGGAAUGAGGCUCGUUCUCGCCAGAGCCCCGAUCUCGUACGACCGCCGAGCACAGAUCACGGCAACCUGGGUAACAUGCGCUGGAGCUUUGCGGACUCUCAUAUUCGCAUUGAGGAGGGCGGGUGGACCCGACAGACUACUGUUCGAGAGCUACCGAGCAGCUCAGAACUCGCCAGUGUCAACAUGCGACUGGGCGAAGGUGUCAUCCGUGAGCUGCAUUGGCACAAGGAGGCCGAAUGGGCCUAUGUGCUCGAGGGCAAGGUUCGAGUCACCGCUCUGGAUUACGAAGGCGGCAACUUUAUCGACGAUUUGGAAAAGGGUGAUCUCUGGUACUUCCCUUCUGGAAUCCCUCACUCGCUGCAGGGCCUUAGCGAGAAUGGAACUGAGUUCCUUCUGGUCUUCGACGAUGGUCACUUUUCCGAAGAGUCGACCUUUGUGCUCACUGACUGGUUGGCCCACACCCCCAAGUCGGUUAUUGCAAAGAACUUCAACUUGGCUCCUGAGGUAUUUGCACACAUCCCUGCCAAGGAAAAGUACAUCUUCCAGGGCACUGUGCCAGGGUCGAUCGACAAGGAAGCGCCCAGCGGCAAAAACGUGAAGAAGUCGAAGCACAACUUCACGCACAAGAUGCUGGCACAGGAACCCCUAAACAGCACCAACGGCGGCGGCCAGGUUCGCAUCACCGACUCUAAAAACUUCCCCAUUUCCAAGACCAUCGCCGCAGCCCAUGCCAUCAUCGAGCCUGGUGCGAUUCGCGAGAUGCACUGGCACCCCAACGCCGAUGAAUGGUCCUUCUUCAUCCGGGGUCGUGCUCGUGUUACUAUCUUUGCCUCUGAGGGUAACGCUAGGACUUUCGACUAUGUGCCAGGAGAUGUCGGCAUCGUGCCUAGGAACAUGGGCCACUUCGUCGAGAACAUCGGCGACGAGCCUAUUGAAAUGCUCGAGGUUUUCCGCGCCGAUGAGUUCCGCGAUAUCUCUCUAUUCCAGUGGAUGGGCGACACUCCCAAGAAGCAAGUUGUCGACACACUGUUCGCAGAGGACCCAGAGAAUGCCAAGCUAUUCUGGGACCGCGUCAAGGAUGCUGACAACAACGCCGUCACCAAGCCCGACUUUGUUCGUUCUGCUGGUGCUCAGCCUGAAGAGCUCUGA